CAAACGAGGAACAUACUGUUAGUACAGCAGUCAAGAAAAGCGUCCAACUUUCUGACAUGAAACAAAAGAGGUAUCAGUGUUCCACUAACUUUACAUGGAAUAGGGUAAGCAGCUCCCAAAAAUGCACCAGCUCACGUCGCCAUCUUGGCGCCCUCCCCCAGGUAGUGGCUUAAAAGUGGGUGUAAAAUGGCGCUGUCGCAAGGAACAAAGAAGAAAGUUUGCUAUUACUAUGAUGGUGACGUGGGGAACUAUUAUUACGGCCAGGGCCACCCCAUGAAGCCCCACAGGAUCCGGAUGACACACAACCUGCUCCUCAACUAUGGCCUGUACAGGAAGAUGGAGAUCUACAGGCCGCACAAAGCCAGCGGCGAGGAGAUGACCAAAUACCACAGCGACGACUACAUCAAGUUCCUCAGGUCCAUCAGGCCGGACAACAUGUCGGAAUACAGCAAACAGAUGCAAAGAUUCAACGUUGGAGAAGACUGUCCGGUGUUUGACGGCUUGUUUGAGUUCUGCCAGCUCUCCACGGGCGGCUCCGUGGCGGGCGCGGUGAAGCUUAACAAGCAGCAGACCGACAUCGCCGUCAACUGGGCGGGAGGACUCCACCACGCCAAGAAGUCGGAGGCGUCUGGUUUCUGCUAUGUCAAUGACAUCGUGCUCGCCAUCCUUGAGCUGCUCAAGUACCAUCAACGCGUGUUGUACAUCGAUAUCGACAUCCAUCACGGCGACGGCGUGGAGGAGGCGUUCUACACCACUGACCGCGUCAUGACCGUCUCCUUCCACAAGUACGGCGAAUACUUUCCGGGCACUGGAGACCUGAGGGACAUCGGCGCCGGGAAGGGAAAGUACUACGCCGUUAACUAUCCACUGAGAGACGGCAUCGACGACGAGUCUUAUGAGGCCAUCUUCAAACCUAUCAUGGCCAAAGUGAUGGAGAUGUACCAGCCGAGUGCAGUGGUCCUGCAGUGUGGCGCCGACUCCCUGUCAGGAGACAGGCUCGGCUGCUUCAACCUCACCAUCAAAGGUCACGCCAAGUGCGUGGAGUACAUGAAGAGCUUCAACCUGCCGCUGCUGAUGCUGGGCGGGGGCGGCUACACCAUCCGCAACGUGGCGCGCUGCUGGACCUACGAGACGGCGGUGGCGCUGGACUGCUCCAUCCCUAACGAGCUGCCGUACAACGACUACUUUGAAUAUUUCGGGCCCGACUUCAAGCUGCACAUCAGCCCGUCCAACAUGACCAACCAGAACACGGACGAGUACCUGGAGAAGAUCAAGCAGCGCCUUUUCGAGAACCUCCGCAUGCUGCCGCACGCACCCGGUGUCCAGAUGCAGGCCAUACCCGAGGACGCGCCGCACCCCGACAGCGCAGAUGAGGACGAUGAGGACCAGGACAAACGCAUUUCCAUUCGCGCUCACGACAAAAGGAUAGCAUGCGACGAGGAUUUCUCGGACUCCGAGGAUGAGGCCGAGGGUCAGGGAGGCGGCCGGCGGAACGCGACCAAUCAUAAGAAGGCCAAGCGGGUGAAGAAGGAAGAGGAGCGUGACGGGGACGAGAAGAAAGAAGUGAAGGAGGAUGACAAGGAGGAAAAGAUGGAUACUUCAGUAGCAAAAGAAGAAGUGAAGACUACUUGAAGUGCGUUGACUGCUGUUUCUAAGUUUAUGGGAGCACGUACCUCAGUUGGCGCCACCUGCACCAGUGCACCACAUCGAACAAAACCAACUCUGGUCAUUUUGUUUCAUUGUGCUCCAUCCAAGAUGAAGAACUCCAUCCUUGCCCAAAUGAGCCUGUUCAGUAUCACUUUUAUUUUGUGAUACAUAUUAAGAGUCUGUUUGUAAUGAGACUGAAUGUGCGUAAUUAUCUUCCUUGCCAUGUUUCCACAUUUAAGUUAUUCUGAAAGCUUCCUAUAGUUUUUUUUUUUAUUGUGCUUGAAUCUGAACAAAUUUUUUGAUAUAAGCAAGUCCUCUUAUUUUGUGUUUGUGUACAAAGAGAGUGUGACGUUGCUUUCAGAAUGUGUUUUUGCCUUUGUUAUUAAAAAAA